AAUCGGUGCAGCUUUCGGGUUUCUUGCUGUUUCUUCAGUCUUUCUGUCUCCCUUUGCAGAGGGCCUAGGGUGUGGGAACUAUCCAAGGUGCUAGUAUGCUGGCAGCGUUGCCCUUCAAUGCAGGCGGAUUGCAGACGCAGAGGAGAGAGAUUACUGCUUAUUUCAGAAGAACUUGAUCAAAUGAGUUACCUUAGCCAGCUUGGUGACUGCUUCGGGUCUGGUAGUCAUCUAUGUAGCAAAGUGGGUAAAAUCAUUCAAUUUCUUCCCUGCUGGCCCUGGAAGGAGAGGGGCUGUGCGCUCAUCCCCACCCAUUAGCUAUGCCCUCUUUUCUCCGAAUGUCGAUUUAAGGCGGCAAGCAGCUGUCUUCUCCACAGCAUCUUCCUAGCAAACUUUAAAGGGCAUUUUAUCCAAUAGAAAGAACACCGAAAAUGCUCUGGUCUCUAGUGAUGAAGAAUCUCGGAUUCGACAGUUUUCCCAUCCAGAUAUAAUGCACUUUAAAUGAAGAAAAGCCGAACUGACCUACAAGUCUUUUUCUUAUGGUGCUGGAUCACUCCUACCGAACUGCCCCGAAACCAGCCUUGAGAGAGGGCUCUGACAGACCCAAGUCACCUCCUGACUAUUGCACUUAGCUUUCCCUGGGAACUUAAAUUUGGAAGUAUCCCGUUUCCAUGAUACCCUCCAAGAUGAUGAGUGCUAAUCCUGAAGAAGACCCUUUGGACAGUUUUCUCCAGUAUAUAGAGGAUAUGGGGAUGAAGGCAUAUGAUGGGCUGGUUAUUCAAAAUGCAUCUGACAUUGCCCGUGAGAACGAUCGCUUGAGAAAUGAAACAAAUCUGGCUUACCUGAAAGAGAAGAAUGAGAAACGGCGAAGACAGGAAGAAACAAUCAAACGCAUAGGGGGAGAAGUAGGGCGAGGCCAGGACGCCAGCUACGCGGGCAAGCAUUUCCGCAUGGGGUUCAUGACGAUGCCUGCUCCACAGGACAGACUCCCACAUCCCUGCUCCAGCGGAUUCACUGUGAGAUCUCAGUCCCUGCACUCCGUCGGAGGCACCGAGGACGACAGUAGCUGUGGAUCCCGGAGACAGCCACCUCCCAAGCCCAAGCGAGACCCCAGCACCAAGCUUAGCACUUCAUCGGAGACAGUCAACAGCACUGCAGCCAGUAAAAGUGGGAGACCUCUGGAGAGGCCAGAAGUGUCUGCCAAGCCAAGACCCCACAGUGACGAAUAUUCAAAGAAAAUCCCUCCACCAAAACCAAAACGGAAUCCCAACACUCAGCUUAGCACGUCAUUCGAUGAAACCUACAUCAAAAAACAUGUGCCAAGAAGGACCUCGCUUCCACGAGAUUCAUCUCUGUCCCAGGUCUGCAGCCCUGCAGCGGACCCGGAAGAAGAGGAGCCCGUGUACAUCGAGAUGGUGGGUAACAUUCUGAGAGACUUCAGGAAGGAAGAAGACGACCAGAGUGAGGCUGUGUACGAGGAGAUGAAAUACCCCAUUUUCGACGACCUCGGUCAUGAUUCCAAAUGUGACUUCGACCAUCACAGUUGUUCUUCGCAGUGUGCUACUCCCACGGUGCCUGACUUGGACUUCCUCAAGUCUUCAGGACCAUGUACUCCUAAGGGUCUGCUCUGUGACAUACCCCCACCCUUCCCCAACUUACUUUCUCAUAGACCACCCCUGCUGGUGUUCCCACCUGCCCCAGCGCACUGCUCCCCCAAUUCUGAUGAGUCUCCGCUGACCCCUCUGGAGGUCACAAAGCUUCCUGUAUUGGAAAACGUGUCUUACAUGAAGCAGCCACCUGGAGCAUGUCCAUCCGCCCUGCCAUCGCACACCUCCAGCCACACUAAAGACCAGACCGGAGCUCUGGGCCCGGCGCCUGCAGCGUCUGUCCUCUCCUCGUCUCCUCCGCCUCCAUCCACUCUGUACAGAACCCAAUCUCCUCAUGGCUAUCCAAAAAGUCAUUCUACCUCCCCGUCCCCUGUCAGCAUGGGGAGGUCCCUGACGCCCUUGAGUCUCAAGAGGCCUCCCCCCUAUGACGCUGUGCAUUCUGGCAGCCUCUCAAGAAGUUCUCCCUCAGUGCCUCACUCGACUCCCAGACCCGUGUCGCAAGAUGGGGCAAAGAUGGUCAAUGCCGCAGUGAACACCUACAGCACUGCGCAGAGCGGUUCCAGGUCCCGGACACCAACCAGUCCUUUGGAGGAGCUCACCAGCCUUUUUACCUCAGGGCGUAGCCUGCUGAGGAAGUCAUCCAGCGGCCGAAGGUCCAAAGAGCCAGCAGAGAAAUCCACUGAAGAGCUCAAAGUCCGAAGCCACAGCACGGAGCCAUUACCAAAGUUGGACAGCAAAGAGAGAGGUCAUUAUGGAUCAGCUUCCUCCAGAGAGCCAAUGAAAGCUCAAGAAUGGGAUGGAACCCCAGGUCCACCUGUGGUCACCAGCAGAAUGGGCAGAUGCUCUGUGAGCCCUACAUUGUUGGCAGGAAGCCACAGUUCAGAACCUAAAGUAAGCUGCAAGCUAGGCCGGUCUGCAUCUACAUCAGGAGUUCCUCCGCCUUCAGUGACUCCUCUCAGACAAGCCAGUGACCUACAACAGAGCCAGGUGGCAUGCAUGCAGUGGUUUCAUGGAGACCAUACAAUGCUUGAGAUGAUUGAGAAAAAGCGUUGCUUGUGCAAAGAAAUAAAGGCUAGACAGAAAACGGAAAAGGGCCUUUGCAAACAGGAUAGCAUGCCCAUCCUGCCCAGCUGGAAGAAGAAUGCGGGAACAAAGAAGUACAGCCCUCCACCCUAUUCUAAACAGCAAACGGUAUUCUGGGAUACUGCCAUAUGAGUGUGUACGGGCAUGAGCUCCACAUUGCUUAAUACAAGGGAGGUUGACUUGGUCGUGUGAAAUUAAUUGUCACAUAUAUUCUCUGUUGAUGUGGAAUACCACAGGAAUCUGCGGGUACUGUGGCAAGUCCAAGAUAAAAAUGUGUUUGUCCUUGCAAUUAAGGCACACUCUCUUAUGGUGGAUUGUUUUGAAUCCAGAAAAUAUUAAACUGUAAAUAUUUUGCUAGUUUAUGGGUGACACCUGAAAUAUUCCUUAUACAUAUUUAAGUUGGAGAAAUAACAGAAAAGUUUACUAGAUGAUAUAAUUUGGUAUUAACUGGUUUGUUAUCUCUUUUAUAUGUAGCCCCCGGAUGCCUUUUCUUAUUAAUUUUUUUGCAUUUAGAAUGUCUUUGUCCUCCUGCCCACAUUUGGCUUCUGUGGAAGAGCUCACAGGUAUAUGUCCUAUUUAAGCACAUCAUAUGUGAUCUGGUGCUAGCAAUACAGAAGUUGAAUAUUACGUUUGUAAAGCUUGUCUGCUGCUUUCUAUGUUUGUAGGGGAUUGAUGAGAAAUGAACGAAAGUAUGAUAUUAGUCUGCACAUCCAUGUUACCCUGAUGUGGACAAUCUUUGCUACAGUGACUUCCUAAGGAUUUGUUUCAUAUCCUGGUGUUUGCACUUAGUCAGACUACAGUGGAAGGCUGUAACAUAUAUUAGGACAUUCCUGCAGCAAACUUACUUUCAGAAAUUACUUUUAGGGGUGUGUGUCCUUGCAGCAUUGAUCUGAUUGGAGGAGACCAGGGUUCACUGUGACAAUUGAAGGAACAAAAAAAAACAAAACCUUAAGAGCUCAGCUGUUUUCAAGGAAAUAGGAGCAGAGGCACGGUAGACAUGAUACUUUUAAGUAACAUUUCAUGGGCAUGAUUCUCCCACAAGAAGUUGAAAAUGAACAUUCAGUAUAGCAAUUUCCAAGUUUUAGUAUACUCCACGCCAACCUUCCUCAAAAUUUAAGUCCAUUCAUGGAAAAGUAUUUCUUGCCAAUCAUUUUAAGCUAGUUAUUACAUUUUGGGUCAUAAUCUUCUGUUCAUAACUAUCGCACCCAUUCUUACUGAUUAUGACACCACGACCAAAGAGUUAUGACCACUUUUUUAUUUUAUUUUAUUUUAUUUUGUUUUAUGGAAGUAAAGAAAAUGCAGGGGAGAAAGAGUAGGGUGGACUCAACUUUAUGUGGUAGUAAACUUUUAGUUAAGAAGUUUAAUUUAAGAAAAAUAGCAUAUAUCUUUAAAAGUAACUUGUUAGUUGAAAAUAAAUAUUGCCACGAAUAAAUAAAAAGGAAACUAUCACAUAUAUUUUGUAUAUUUAAAUUAAUAUUUAUGCUUCCUAAAAUUGACAGUAUGUGGUUCUUCAUUAACAAUCAAUUUAGUAUUAUAUUUCUGAGAGGAAAAAGUGUGUUUGAAGUUAUUAUCAUAGCAGUUUUUCUUGUAAGGGUAUUGACAGCAAUAGCUCCAUGCUGCUCAAUAAAACCAAAUAUAACAGAAGUUAAGGAAUUUUUGUAACCUAUAUUGAUAAAAAAAGUUCUAGUAAUUCUUUAUCAGUAAAAGUUCCUUGAAGAGAGUUUGAAAUGUUAUAACAUAAUUUUUUAAUGUUUUAUAAUUAAUGUAUAUUUUGAUGUCCAAUUAUAAUCCUGAAAGAAUAAGGAAAAUGGUAAGUGGGAGCAUGUGCUGUGUGAGUGUGUGUGUAUGUGUGUAUGUGAACAAUCAGUGGGAAUACUGUAUAUAUAAAAUGCUUACUGAAAUUGUAAGUUAUGCUUGUAUAAGUAAGAGGUGACAAAGGCGAAGUCACAAAUAUAGGAUACCACAGAGAGAUCUUAAAUAGCUUAAAUGGGUGCUGUUGCUGUAUUUUACCAGCUAUGUAGACCUAUAAUUCAAGCCCAGCAAUCAAUACAGAACAGACAUAUGAGUGAUGAAAAUGUUUUAAGAUAAAAUCAUAAUUGAAAUCAAGUGUGUUUUUGGCCCAAAUUGUUAUCUUGAUUUAAGUUAUUAUGACCUCAUAUAUUCAAGCCAAUCAAUCAAACACAAGGCACCAUUUGUCAGAAUCUCUGUGAUCUUAUCUUUUGGCUAUUACAGUAAAGAUGAGCCCUCUCUUGGCAUUUAAGUGUAGGAAAUAUAUUUCCAAGUGUGUUUUCACUGGCUGAUCUUAUACCUAUCACUCUGAAUUAGGUAGAAGGUAAUUUUAAAUGUUGGUCACUAGAAGGAAACAGAGGUACUAAAAUGGUGUAGUUGGACUCAACCAUUCAUGGGUCUUCUGUUCAAGCCAGGGCCACAUGUCACGUACUCCUUUCUCAAAUCUGUUAUUUUUGGAGGAGUUCGCUGUUUUGAACAUUUGAACUUAGCCAACCAUUUCCAUUUAUUUCUCAAAAUCUCUUUCUACAUGAGAAAGAGUUGGAAUAUCUGGAAAGAUGGCUUCACUUGGAUUUGACUUCAGAUCUGUCAUCUGUGCCUAUAUAAUAAAUAAUUGUCCAAUGUGGCAAUUAGCUAUUCUACAGUCAACUUCAUCUUUGUAUAGGCUUUCUCUUCGUUGUGAGA